GGCUGAGGACUAGGGUGCGUCGGGACCCCUGCUUUCCAUGGAGGCUCCCGAGCUGGGCCCGGGGUUGGUGGAGCGUCUGGAGCAGCUGGCGACAUGUCCGCUGUGCGGGGGCCCCUUCGAGGACCCAGUCCUGCUGGCGUGCGAACACAGCUUCUGCCGUGCGUGCUUGGCGCGCUGCUGGGGGGCCCCGGCGGCGUCCGGCUCGGAGGCGGCGCCCCCUUCCUGCCCGUGCUGUGGCCAGCCAUGCCCCAGACGCAGCCUGAGGUCCAACGUGCGACUGGCAGUGGAGGUGCGCAUCAGCCGUGGGCUGCGUGAGAAACUGGCGGAGCCCGGAGCCCGGGCCGGGAGACGACGCGGUGGCCGCAUCCCCACCAUGGGUUGCCUGGAUCCCCACGGAGAGGAUAUGAGGAAGACAUGGAGACGAUUCGAUGUCCCAGCACCCAAGCCAUCUAACUCAGAGGAGGAUCUCCCUGAAGAUUACCCCGUGGUCAAAAACAUGCUUCACAGGCUGACAGCUGACCUGACGCUCGACCCUCGCACAGCACACCGUGAUCUGCUCAUCUCCUCUGACUACCGCGGCGUGAGUCUGGCUCCACCCGGAACGCCUGCGCCGCUGGACAGCCCCGCGCGCUUUGAUCAGCUCCCGGCGGUGCUGGGUGCGCAGGGCUUCGCGUCAGGCCGCCACUGCUGGGAGGUGGAGACCGCGGAAGGCGCGUCCUUCAGAGACUCUACAGCUCAGGAUGAGAACGCGGGAGAGAGCUGCUACGCCGUGGGCGCUGCCGGGGAGUCCGUGACCCGCAAGGGCCUCAUCAAGCUGUGCCCAUCGGAGGCUAUAUGGGCCGUGGAGGGCCGCGGCGGCCGCUUGUGGGCGCUCACGGCUCCAGAGCCCACCCUGCUAGGUGGUGCCAGGCCCCCGCCGCAGCGCAUUCGCGUGGACUUGGACUGGGAGCGGGGUCGUGUGGCCUUCUAUGACGGCCGCUCAUUGGACUUGCUCUUCGCCUUCCAGGCGCCGGGCCCGCUCGGGGAGCGUGUCUUCCCCCUGCUCUGCACUUGUGACCCGCGUACCCCGCUGCGUAUCUUGCCUGGAGAAGCCUGAGCCUCAGGUCUCUAGCUCCUACCCUACCGCAGUAGUCCAGAUGGCCUCGAGGCUACUUCUGUCCCUUGCACAAAUCCCCACCUGUUUCAGUGACCUUGUCUGUAACACCUAUCGGAACAGGAGUAUUAAUAAGCACCCUUUGUCCACUCACAUUCUCCCAAAUCAAAACCUCAACUGGCUUGUACAUUCGUGCCUUUAAGCCAGUCUAGUCCCGAGUCUCCAUGACCUAAGACCUUUUUCUUGAGUCCUCUUUCCGUACCAUUCUAGGCCAGGCUAGAGAAAGAGGCUCUGUUUGUACCACCAGUGUUGGGAAACAGUCCUAAUUUACCUCCAAUCCCAAAAGGCUCAGG